AUGAGUGACGAAGAAGACCAAGACCAAGCCAGAGACUUCGAGCCUUAUCAGGAAGAAAUUGAGAAAGGGAUAGACGAUGAUGAUGACGAGGAUGAAGAAGUAGAAGUAGAAGAAGCCGACACACAACAAGAUAUGAAUAGAGAUGAGAUCCAGGACCUACAGGAGAAACUUAAGGAAUUGGAGGAGAAGAUAGCCAGUUUUAAGGAAGAUCACACCAUGAAAAGUUCUAAGUCCCAGACUCAGAAGAAUCUUAAUGUGAAGCUUAGCUGUUUUCAUAAGAUCGAGUUUUGUGCCAGUAAUAAGCCUAUUAAUAAUGAAGAGAUCCGUGGAGACGAAGAAGGGGAGGAAGACAAAGAAGAAGUUAAGAAAGUUAAGAAGGAUAAGUCCGCCUCUACUCUUAACGGAAAGGAGGAGAAGGGUCCUCCAGUCUCAGUCCCUUGUAUUUCCUUCAAUAUGUGUGAUGAGUUCGAGAACCAGUUCUGCAUUAUUGACGAGCAAGGUAAAGUGGCCAUUCAUGAAUUUAAUAAAAAUAAGAAGAAAACUAAGCUCAAAGCUGAGAAAUAUGUAUCGAAUGCUAUUCUUGAGUGCUGAACUAUUGAGCAAAGAGAAGGGAAAAUGAUCGCUGCUGGAGGAGUUGAUACUAAAAUUUAUGUACAAAGUAUAAACCCUGAGGUAAAACGAGGGGAGAAAAGUACGUACAUGAAAGACGUGGUCGACCUAGCUGGUCAUUCUGGGGGGAUCACAGGAAUUUCAUUCCUUGAUCCACAAUACCUGGUGUCGUCUAGUGAUGAUAGUACGAUCAUGCUCUGGGAUUUGGAGAGAUCAGAUAGGUAUUUGGUCAAAUACAAUGAUCAUCAAGCUCAGGUUACAUGUCUGGAUACCUUCAACCUUGAUGGGAAUAUUAUCGUCAGUGGAUCAACAGACACAUUUGUCAGACUUUGGGACAUCAGGAUGAAGAGUCCAUGAAUCAGGAUUUUUAAGAAGCAUGGCAGCUCAGUGAACGCAGUUAAAUUCAUGUUUGACCAAGGAAACACAGUGGCUGUCGGAUGUGAGGAUUCCUCUAUUCUAAUCUAUGACUUCAGAGCUUUAUCGCCGAUAGCUAAUCUUUCAGAUGAUUCUUCAUACGAAAGUAUUACAAGCUUGACUUUCUCAAGAUCCAAUAGAAUGUUGUUCAGCUCCACAAAGACCACCUCCAUCAGAGUUUGGGAUGUAAUGAAGGAAGACCUAGCUAUGGUGAUCGAUGGAGACCACAAAGAUUCCAUCAAAAGUCUAGCAACUUCUUGUGACGGAGCAACCAUAGCAAGUACAUCGAAAGAUGGAAUUGUACAGUUUUGGGGAUAAUUGUGUUUGUUCAAU